AUGGCCAAUGUUCUGAGGAAUUCUGUGCGCCGCUUCGCAACGACUGCAGCUCGUGCGGCCACUGCAGAAACUGUUAAUACCUAUGGAAUUCGCGUGUCGCAAGCCCAGGGGGUUGUUGACACCCUGGUGGGAGCUAUUGGCAACACCCCAUUGAUAAAGCUCAAAAAGCUCUCUGCCGAGACAGGAUGCAAUAUCCUUGGAAAGGCCGAGUUUCAGAAUCCUGGUGGAAGCAUCAAGGAUCGAGCCGCUUUGUACGUCGUCAAGGAUGCAGAAGAGCGUGGACUACUUAAGCCAGGAGGAACAGUCGUUGAAGGAACAGCAGGGAAUACUGGAAUUGGUCUGGCACAUGUCUGCAGAGCGAAGGGAUACAAACUCGUCAUAUACAUGCCCAAUACUCAGUCACAGGGAAAGAUCGAUCUCCUGAGGCUUCUCGGUGCCGAAGUCUACCCCGUACCUGCUGUCGCGUGGGAGAACUCUGAAAACUAUAAUUGGCAGGCGAAGAGGCAUGCGGAGAGGCUGCAGAAGGAAGACCCCGAGCACGGCGCAGUCUGGACCAAUCAGUUUGACAAUAUUGCCAACAGACGGGCACAUAUUGAGACGACUGGGCCAGAAAUCUGGGCGCAAACUAUCGGCAAAGUGGAUGCUUUUACCUGUGCGACAGGCACAGGUGGCACAUUAGCUGGCGUAACACGGUUUUUGAAAGAUGUCAGUGAUGGACGCGUGAAAUCCUUCCUUGCUGAUCCACCGGGCUCUGUUCUGCACUCAUAUAUCAGCUCUGGAGGUCAGCUCAAAGAGAGAUCUGGUGGGAGUAUAACAGAGGGCAUUGGUCAAGGGCGCGUGACGGAUAACUUGGAAAAUGAGGUCAAGGAGCUUGACGGGUCACUUUUCAUUUCGGAUGAAAAGAGCAUAGCAAUGGUCUACCGAUGUCUAGACGAGGAGGGCCUCUAUCUCGGUGCCAGUUCCGCUCUCAACGUCGUGGCUGCCAAGGAGGUGGCAGAAAAACUUGGUCCUAACCACACGGUUGUGACUAUGCUUUGCGAUGGUGCUUAUAGAUAUGCGGAUCGGCUUUUCAGCGACAAAUGGUUGCAGAGCAAGAACCUCAGGCAGGCCAUUCCGAAGCAUUUGGAGAAAUACAUUGUUCUGCCGUAG